AUGAAAGUCAUCACGUGCGAAAUCGCCUGGCACAACAAGGAGCCGGUGUACAGCCUGGACUUGCAGCCGGGCGCCGCUGGGCGGACCCACCGGCUGGCGUCUGCGGGCGUCGACACGGCCGUGCGGAUCUGGAAGGUGGAGAAGGGACCAGAUGGAAAGGCCAUUGUUGAGUUUCUGUCCAGUCUCGCUCGCCACACCAAAGCGGUCAAUGUCGUGCGUUUUUCUCCCAAUGGGGAAAUGUUAGCCUCUGGGGGCGACGACGCGGUCAUUCUGCUGUGGAAGGUGAACGACCACAAGGAGCCGGAACAGGCUGCUUUUCAGGACGAGGACGAGGCUGAGUUGAAUAAGGAGGACUGGACCGUCGCAAAAACGCUCAGGGGCCACUUGGAAGAUGUGUAUGACAUCUGCUGGGCCACGGAUGGGAAUCUAAUGGCUUCUGCCUCUGUGGACAACACGGCCAUCGUAUGGGACGUCAGCAAAGGACAGAAGAUCUCCAUUUUUAAUGAGCAUAAAAGUUACGUGCAAGGAGUGACCUGGGAUCCUCUGGGACAGUAUAUUGCUACCCUGAGCUGUGACAGGACCCUGAGGGUGUACAGCACACUGAAGAAGCGUGUGGCUUUCAAUGUCUCAAAGAUGCUGUCUGGAACAGGCGCUGAAGGAGAGGCCAGGAGCUACCGGAUGUUCCACGACGACAGCAUGAAGUCCUUCUUCCGCCGGCUCAGCUUCACCCCUGACGGGUCGCUGCUCCUCACGCCAGCCGGAUGCGUGGAGUCUGGUGAAAAUGUAACCAACACAACUUACGUUUUCUCCAGGAAAAAUCUUAAGAGGCCUAUUGCUCACCUCCCGUGUCCCGGGAAAGCGACGCUUGCUGUCCGCUGCUGCCCCGUCUACUUUGAGUUGAGGCCGGAGGUGGAAACAGACGGGCCCACCCAGGGGCCGCUGGUGCGCCUGCCCUACCGCCUGGUGUUCGCCGUGGCUUCCGAAGACUCUGUGCUCUUCUACGACACCCAGCAGCUCUUCCCUUUCGGUUACGUGUCGAACAUCCAUUACCACACCCUGAGCGACAUCUCCUGGUCAAGCGAUGGGGCCUUCCUGGCCAUUUCUUCCACCGAUGGGUACUGUUCAUUCGUGACGUUUGAGAAGGAUGAACUUGGGAUACCUUUCAAAGAGAAGCCAGAUUUGAGCAUGGGAACUCCUGAUACAGCGAAGAAGACCAAGAGUCAGAUGCAACAGGGGUCUCCGCCAGGACCCAGGCCGGUAGAGGGGACCCCCACCAGCAGAAUCCAGGACCCCAGCAGCCCCUGCUCAACGCCCGCUCAGGCGAAGCCGUCUCCAGCCCCAGCAGCCGCCAAGGACACACCUGCGGUGGCCGCCGCAGCCCAGAGCUCCGCGCCCGGGCCUUCAGAGGAGAGGAAGACCCUGCAGCCCAGCGGUCAGAGCGCGAGAGGGCCCCCGCCCCGGAGGGUCACCCUGAACACGCUGCAGGCCUGGAGCAAGAUGCCCCGGAGAGUGAACCUGACACCCUUAAAGACAGAUACCCCGCUUUCCGAACCGAGCAGUGUGGUGUCCACUCCAUCCGCCGCGGAUGUUCGGUCAGAGACGCCUGGAGACCUCGGGGCAGUCCCCCAGAGCUGAAGCGGCCCAGACUCGGGGAAAACAG